GCGGCCGAGGCCACAGCGCCAGGCUCGGGCUGCGCGCCGGGGCCAUGGACGCGCCGCGGGGAAUCGGCACCUUCGCGGUGUGGGACUAUGUGGUGUUCGCCGGCAUGCUGCUCAUCUCGGCCGCCAUCGGCGUCUACUACGCCUUCGCGGGCGGCGGCCAGCAGACCUCCAAGGACUUCCUGAUGGGCGGCCGCAGAAUGACCGCGGUGCCCGUGGCGCUGUCCCUCGCCGCCAGCUUCAUGUCGGCGAUCACGGUCCUGGGCACCCCCUCCGAGGUCUACCGUUUUGGGGCCAUAUACGGCAUCUUUGCCGUCACUUACUUCUUCGUGGUCGUCAUCACCGCGGAGAUCUUCCUCCCGGUGUUCUACAGACUGGGAAUUACCAGCACCUACGAGUACUUAGAACUUCGAUUUAACAAAUUCAUUCGUCUCUGUGGAACAAUCCUCUUCAUUGUUCAAACAGGUGGUCUUAAAGCAGUUAUCUGGACGGAUGUUUUUCAAGUUGGGAUCAUGGUGGCUGGAUUUGCAACUGUGAUUAUACGGGCUGUGGUGGUUCAAGGUGGAAUCAACGUUAUUUUAAGUGAUGCCUAUAACGGCGGAAGAUUAAACUUCUGGAAGUCUCUCUACAUCAAUCUCCUGGGACUCUGGGUAAUCCUCACCUGCUCAGUGUUUUGUGGGCUCGCCCUUUAUUCCAGGUACAAAGACUGUGAUCCUUGGACAACCAAGAAAGUGUCUGCAGUAGACCAGCUCAUGCCUUAUUUGGUACUGGACAUUCUUCAAGAUUAUCCAGGACUUCCUGGACUUUUCGUGGCCUGUGCUUAUAGUGGAACAUUAAGCACAGUGUCCUCCAGUAUUAAUGCCUUAGCAGCAGUAACUGUGGAAGAUCUAAUAAAACCUCACUUCAGAUCGCUCUCAGAAAGGUCUUUAUCUUGGAUUUCCCAAGGAAUGAGUGUGUUGUAUGGAGUCCUGUGUAUCGGAAUGGCGGCGCUGGCAUCGAUAAUGGGAGCUUUGUUACAGGCGUCAUUCAGCAUAUUUGGCGUGGUUGGUGGACCACUUCUGGGCAUGUUUUCUUUGGGCAUUUUGGUUCCCUUUGCCAACUCAAUUGGAACGUUUGUUGGGCUAAUGGCUGGAUUUGCCAUUUCUUUAUGGGUUGGAAUUGGAGCUCAAUUUUACCCUGCACUUCCUGAGAGAACGUUGCCCUUACACCUUGAAACCCGUGGCUGCAACAGCUCAUACAACGGGACGAGUUUGAUGAAAACCACAGAAAUGCCAUUUUCUACUAGUGCUUUUCACAUCCACAAUGUUGAAAGGACUCCGCUGAUGGAUAACUGGUAUUCGUUAUCAUACCUGUACUUCAGCCCUAUUGGAACUUUGGUAACAUUAUUUGUGGGGAUACUUCUCAGUUUACUAACAGGAGGAAGAAAACAGAACUUAGACAGAAGAUUCUUACUAACCAAAGAGGACUUUUUAUUCAAUUUUGAUAUUUUUAAAAAAAAGAAGCGUGCUUUAAGCUAUAAAUCUCAUCCAGUGGAAGAUGGUGGAACUGAUAAUCCUGCUUUCAACCAUAUUGAAUUGAACUUCACAGAUCAAAGUGGCAAGACCAAUGGGACUCGUUUGUGA